AUGAGAGGAGAUGUGAUGGUGAACUUAACAUUUCACUUCGGUGGAACUAUGAUCAGAGAAGGUGAGGACUACAAAUAUUUAGGGGAGUUGGGUAUGAAGACCGUUAGUUGGGAGCUAUAUGACAUAUCGUGGGCUAAGUUCGUACACUUCAGUAAGCAUGAGGAGAAGAUCGAAGCACCCAUUAGGUUCAUUUGGUACAAAGAAAGAGAGAAGGAGAUGAAGACUGUAAACUAUUUGUUUGACGAAAGCUCUGAAGAUAUGUUCCUGCUUAUAUGCUUAGCGAAAGAAGCUGGUGAGGCUGAGAUAUUUCUUGAAUACGAUUGUAGAGAGCGAAGUGAGCCUCAAUAUCUCACAAGCAGCAGGCAUGAAGAUCGUCAAGUAGGUGAUGAUGAGACGGUUAAUAAUUUUCAAGAGAAUGAAGAUGAAAAUUAUUCGGACAGUGAUGAAGAAAUCGAUAGGCCAAAGGAAGAUGAAGAACCUGAACAAUCUGAGGAUGAAAUUCAUGAGGAAGAGGCUGAUGAUGGAGAUGAUGAAGGUUCUAAUGGAGAUGAGACUGUGGCUGAACAAGGAGAUGCGAAUGUUGAUGAUGGAGAGGAUGUGGUUGAGGAUGCAGGUGAUGGUCGGAAUGAUGACAGGUUUAGGUCUGUUUUCGAGGAAGGAGAAAGUUCAGAACCAGUGAAGGAAGCAUAUCAAAAUUCAGAAGAAAAAGAGGCUGCAGAAAGAAAAGCAGAGGAAAGUGAGGAAGAAUGUGUUAUAGAGGAGGAUGCUGAGUAUCCAGAUACUCCACUAGAAUCAGAUGAAGAGUGA